UCUUGUCUGUGUGUGGUGUGUGAGCUGCUUUCAAAUGCAGUGAUGAUAAAGGAGGAGGUUCCUGCGCUCAUGUUGGAGGAUGAAAACAGGAGGCUCAGUUUGUGCUCCAGCAGCUCAGGAGAGAGAUGUGACGACACACGCUGUGAUUUCAGGUGCUGCAAGAAUGUGAUCUGAAGUGAUUCAUUCUCAUCUUCAUUCUGCAGGGAAGAUUUUUGGAUGAUCAUGGCUGGACUGGAAUGCAACAAAUAUCUGUCUCUUACCAGCAAGAUGGAGCUGAUUUUAACUGAAGACAUCUGACACCAUGAGGAUGAUGAUGUUGAGAAUACAUUUAAUCAUUUUGUGUCUCUCAGUCUUAUUGUAUUGUACCUGUCCCAUCUCAGCAGCUGAUGUUCAUCAGAGGUCAGUGGUACCCAGAGCAGCAUCCCGCUCCGUGGCAAGGAUGGAUGGUGAUAUCAUCAUCGGCGCUCUGUUUUCUGUCCAUCAUCAACCAGCAGCAGAAAAGGUCUCGGAAAGAAAGUGUGGUGAGGUCAGGGAACAGUACGGGAUCCAAAGGGUGGAAGCGAUGUUUUAUACACUAGAUAGAAUCAACUCCGAUCCCAACCUUCUUCCCAACAUCACUCUGGGUUGUGAGAUCAGGGACUCCUGCUGGCACUCAUCUGUUGCUUUGGAACAGAGCAUUGAGUUCAUAAGAGACUCGCUUAUCUCCAUUCGUGAUGAAAAGGACGGGCAGAAGUGGUGCAUUGAUGGAAAUCCUUCCGCUCUGCCGCCGGCCACCAAAAAACCCAUCGCUGGUGUGAUUGGACCUGGAUCCAGUUCAGUGGCCAUUCAAGUUCAGAACCUGCUGCAGCUGUUCAACAUCCCUCAGAUUGCAUACUCUGCUACAAGCAUAGAUCUGAGCGAUAAAACCCUCUUUAAGUACUUCCUUAGGGUCGUGCCCUCUGACACUCUUCAGGCCAGAGCUCUCCUGGACAUCGUUCAACGCUACAACUGGACGUAUGUGUCAGCAGUUCACACCGAGGGGAACUAUGGCGAGAGCGGCAUGGAGGCCUUUAAGGAAUUGGCAUCUCAGGAAGGUCUGUGUAUCGCCCAUUCUGACAAGAUCUACAGCAACGCUGGGGAGAAACACUUUGACCGACUGCUGAGGAAACUGCGAGAGCGACUGCCCAAAGCUCGCGUGGUGGUGUGUUUCUGUGAGGGGAUGACUGUCCGUGGUCUCCUCAUGGCCAUGAGACGCCUUGGCGUAGCCGGAGAAUUCCUCCUCAUCGGCAGUGACGGCUGGGCGGACAGGGAUGAAGUCGUGGAGGGAUACGAGCAGGAAGCUGUGGGUGGCAUCACUAUGAAGCUACAGACGGCGGAGGUCACAUCCUUCGAUGAAUAUUACCUGAAGUUACGGCUCAACACCAACAAUAGAAACCCCUGGUUUGCUGAAUUCUGGCAGUAUCGUUUCCAGUGCCGCCUCCCGGGACAUCCACAAGAAAACACGAAUUAUAAGAAGAACUGCUCAGGUUAUGAAAGCCUGGAGGACAACUAUGUCCAGGACAGUAAGAUGGGCUUCGUCAUUAAUGCCAUCUAUGCCAUGGCUCACGGUCUUCAUGAUAUGCAUGAGCACUUGUGUCCAGAUCACGUGGGACUGUGUGAUGCCAUGGACCCCAUUGACGGCAGCAAACUGCUGGACUUUCUCCUCAAGACCUCGUUUACUGGUGUGUCUGGAGAAGAUGUGUGGUUUGAUGAAAACGGGGACUCGCCAGGAAGGUAUGACAUUAUGAACCUGCAAUAUGUAGAGCCUGGAGUCUAUGACUAUAUAAAUGUUGGCUCGUGGCAUAAAGGCGUUUUAAGUAUCGAUGACUAUAUGAUCCAGAUGAACCGAAGUGAGAUGGUUCGAUCUGUUUGCAGUGAGCCCUGCUCCAAAGGAGAGAUCAAGGUGAUCAGGAAAGGGGAGGUGAGCUGUUGUUGGAUCUGUACGGCCUGUAAAGACAAUGAAUAUGUGCAGGAUGAGUUCACCUGUAAAGCCUGUGAGCUGGGAUGGUGGCCGGACAAAGAACUGCAAGUCUGUGAGCCCAUUCCCCUGCGGUACCUGGAGUGGAGUCAUCCUGAAUCCAUUGCAGCUGUCGUCUUUUCAUGUCUGGGCAUCCUAGUGACCAGUUUCGUUACCUUCAUCUUCAUACUGUACCGAGACACGCCAGUCGUCAAGUCCUCCAGUCGUGAACUUUGCUACAUCAUCCUGGCUGGCAUCUUCCUGGGUUACAUCUGCCCCUUCACUCUCAUCGCCCGUCCCACCAUAGCCUCGUGUUACCUGCAGCGCCUCCUCGUGGGUCUCUCAGCCUCAAUGUGCUACUCGGCUCUCGUCACCAAGACCAACCGCAUCGCUCGCAUUCUAGCCGGCAGCAAGAAGAAAAUAUGCACGCGCAAACCACGCUUCAUGAGCGCCUGGGCGCAAGUGGUGAUCACAUCCAUCCUCGUCGGUGUGCAACUGACUUUAGAGGUCACGCUGAUCAUCUUGGAGCCUCCAGAGCCUAUAAAGUUCUACCCAAGUAUUCGAGAAGUUUUUCUAAUAUGCAACACCAGCAAUUUGGGCAUGGUGGCACCAUUGGGCUACAACGGCCUGCUCAUUCUCAGCUGCACCUAUUAUGCGUUUAAAACUCGCAACGUCCCUGCCAACUUCAACGAGGCCAAGUACAUCGCCUUCACCAUGUACACCACCUGUAUUAUCUGGUUGGCCUUUGUGCCGAUCUACUUUGGCUCCAACUACAAGAUCAUCACCACGUCGUUCUCCGUGAGCCUCAGCGUGACGGUGGCUCUCGGCUGCAUGUUCACUCCAAAAAUGUACAUAAUUCUCGCCAAGCCCGAGAGGAACGUACGCAGCGCGUUCACCACCUCAGACGUGGUUCGCAUGCACGUGGGUGACGGAAAAAUUGCUUGCAGGAGCAACAGCCUUCUAAACAUGUUCAAACGCAAGAAGAACGCAACUGGAAACGCCAAUUCUAAUGGAAAGUCUGUGUCAUGGUCUGAACCAGGUUCAAGACAUCCUCCGAAAGGGGAACACAUGUGGCACAGACUGUCUGUACAUGUGAAGAAGCAGGAAGCCGGAUCCAAUCAGACGGCUGUCAUCAAACCCCUAACUAAUACCUUCAAUAACCCCGGCAUGGAGUUUUCCGAUUUAAGCACCAAGACUCUGUAUAAUGUAGCCGAGGAGGAUGAGGGCGACCCGAUCAGAUACAAUCCCUCGGGCAGUCCUCCUCUGAUGGCUCUUAGGCAGUCGCCUGUCAGCAAGCCUAUGAAGGAGGCGGGCGCCAAUAUGACGUUUUACACUCCCGAGCCAUACAUGCCACGAAAAAACAGUGUUCUCCCUCAACAUGACAUUGCAUAUCAAGAGGUGCUGGAGUUUAAUUCAAACAUGUCCGAUCUGGAUGAGAUCAUAAGCCUGCAUGAUCUGGGCAAUGCGGUGAUUUCGCCACUUCAAUCCAAGAUAUUGCACCCUCAUCCGAUUUUAUCCAUGCACAUGGAUGCAUACCCAGACGAACCUAUCUCCCCUUUGGAGGAGGUUGAAAACGAGCAGUUCGGGCUUCUUCAAGGCUACAUGUAUGACAAUGCGCAGAUCCACGAUGAGGAGGAGUUGGUGCAGAUUAAAAUGGCAGUGGAGGACUCUAUCGCCCUCAUGCCACCUUCUCCGUUUCGUGAUUCUCUCGGCUCAGGCAGCCCUGUUCGCAACUCCCCUGUGUCCGAGUCCAUCUUAUGCACGCCUCCGAGCGUGACAUAUGCGUCUGUCAUUCUCAGAGACUAUAAGCAAAGCUCCUCGACUCUUUGAAAUAAAUGUCAACUAUAGCUUUGUGAAAUAAUAGCUACUGUACUAGUUUGUGCAAUAAUGUGACUGUAAGUCGCCUGCACUAGAGAGCUUUAUUAUUAUAUACAGUAUGGUUGUUUUUAAGAUGGAAGUGAAUGUAUGUUGACCAGGGUCCAAAAUUAAGACUUGCACAUUGCGAAUUGCACAUAACAUUUUGCCAGUAUACCUUUCAUAGUUUCACAUAGAUAUUGAGAAGCUUGUGUACCAUCUACUUAUUUUAAAAGAGCCAGUGUUAUUUUAAUAUUAUAGUUUUUAUAAAAUAAUUAGUUUUUACAUUGCUUUUUUAUUUUAAUUUAAGUAAAAAAAAAUAGUCUGUCAUUUUUAUUAAUUUAUUAUUAUUAAUUGUAUUUAAUGUUUAAUUAUUUAAUUAUAUAUAUUAUAUAUUAAUUGUUCAAUUGUAAUAUUUAAUAUUUAUUUUUAAUGUUUCUUUAUGUUUUACAUUUUAAUUAACAAUAAAGCAAAAUACAGUUUAUCAUCCUUUCAUUUUUCUCAAUUUACCCACAAUUGGCAGGUGUGGCAAAAAAGUUAAUUUUGGACCUUAAUGUCAGUGCUGGACUGAGUAAAAGCAGGAACCAAAUGUGUAGGUAGCCUUUGUGUCACUAUCUCUUGCUUUAGUAUGGCAGCAGUAGUUGACAUGACACCAACACCAGUCAUUGUGAUGCUGUAUAUUCUGAGCCGUUUAUGCGUUUCAUAAUAGAUCAAAUCCAUCUAAACGACUUGCAGAAAAUAUCCACUGUAGCAGAAAAUGAAGAUUUAGGAAUCCUAACAAUGUGCAGCAACUCUAUCAGUGGCAAUUGAAUGUGUUUAAGGCAUUUUGUACAAUCAUGACUUUUAUAAACUACAUUUUUAAGCGAGUCUAUAUUAAAUAAACAUGAUCAUCAAACAGUUUUAAUUCUACAUUACAGCAUUGCAUCAUGUAGCAUAUGUAUGCAGUAAACUACAGCAAGUGUUACUAACAAAUGCCUAGUAAAUGUAUUACAAAAUGUAUCAAAAAAAUAAGUAGUUUUUAAGUGCCAAUGUCAAAACCACUUAAUUUUUUCAUGCUGUAUUGUUUUUAAUGUGAUUCUUGUAUAGUUCGUGUGUUUAAAGUACAAUAGGAAGUGUAUAUAUGAUUUAUCAUCUAUUUAUGUGAUUGUUAUGUUUUUAAAUAGUGACGAAAAUGUAGAUUUAGAUGGUCAUAACAUAAAGUUGGAGUUUGUAUUAUGACUCCAUUAGAAAUGAUUACCUGUAUUUGGCAGCUUUUCUUACAUGUUGGUAAAAUGUUUGCAUAUCAGCUCCAAAUACUUCCAUGCUUCAUACAGUCAAUGUGUUAAUGAAGAUUCAAGAUCCCCUAAUGCUCAGCAGGGCCACCGACGACAGUUUGACCAGAAUGUACCACGAGUCCUCAUAAGUAGACAGUUAAAUACUCUUGUUAUGACCAUUUAAAUCCUGUAUGACAUAACGGUUACUAAAUUAUAAUGGAAUUUUAAGCAGUUAUAGAGGAUUUUAUUCAAGUAACUUUUUAGAUACUAUCUGAAAUGAUUAUGCUGUAUGUUUUUCUGUUGCAGUAUUACAUACUGUAGUCUAUACUUUAGCUUUAAGAAAACAUUUGUGCUAUUCUAUUUUUUUUAAAUAUUCAUUUAUUGCAUACUGUAUGAGCCUAGAAGUAGCUAUCUUAAGAUAAACUACAUGUUUCUACAGAUGAUAUUUAGUUCUGCUGUAUUUUGUCAGAGGCUGUUUAGCUUAUCAUUUUAGGUGAGCAUGUUUUAUUAGGUUUAUGAUAAAUACUGUAUAUUUUGUAAAUAAGCUCUCAGGGUUGUUGCUGCAGUGUUUAGUUAAUAAUUUCCCAAAAUGUGACCAGUUAUUGCUUUCAUAUGACCAUGUUAAAGAACCGUCUUCAACA